GCGCUGGAUGCAGCCCUCGGCAUGGACGAGGCAGAGAGUCCCUACGAGAAUUCGGAGCCAGUGCCAGCGGGGCAGGAUGGGGACGGGGAUAGGGUGCAGCCCAACCCAGGUGGCCACCGGGACGCCGAGCUGGGGCGUGCCAGGCAGGAGCUGGCGGUGCUGGAGAAGGAGAUGCAGGAGGUGCAGGGGAAGCUCAACAACAGUGAGAGCACUGUGGCCGUGCUGCGCUCCUGCACAGCUAUAGAUUGCUGCCCCUCGGGCUGGCUGCUGUACAGGGGCAAGUGCCUCUUCAUCUCAUCGGAGAAGAAGACAUGGGAAGACAGCAGAGUCGAAUGCGAGAAGAAAUAUUCUCAGCUCCUGGUCACCAAAUCCUGGAGUCGCUGGACUGUACCAACCUUCUUGAAGAACGCGGACAUCUCGUACUGGAUUGGUCUGCAGAAGAGCAGCUUCCCCUGGUAUGACUAUGGCUGGCUGGAGGAAGAAGACCCAGAGGGCGAGGGGGUCUCGGAUGCCUGGUUCUGGGUGGAUGGCUCCCUUUAUGAGAGGCCGUGGCAGUCAAAAUCCAAUGGGUCCUGUGCCAUAAUAAGUCGUGGGAACAUCAAACCCGCCCAGUGCGACGGUCCCAAUGACCUUCACCUCUGGAUCUGCGAGAAGGCAGCCGGGCCGAGCUCCCCUUUCGUGGGAUGA